UGUUAAGAGUCGAGUAUGAUGGCCUUUGGCUGGCGAAGAGUAUGCGUGUUCAGACUGGGGAAUGGUCGAUCAGAUCCUACGAACGUAUGGCACAACAGAAGUGAGAUCAGAUGCCUUAGCGGUCGGGAAUGAAGGAGGGAGGAGAAGGGGGUGUUGGGUACAACGGAUGCAGAUCCUUGAACUGUCGAACAACUUUUUAUAUGGAUUUGCAGGCAAUAAACUCUUACAUAAAUGACGACGCCUCCCUGAUGAGCCCUAUUCGUUCUAGAACCAGCUUGUAUCCGUCCGCAAAACUCGCAUAUCUUCGUCUCGAGCUACCUGAGUCUCAGAUCGAAUCUUCUCCCUUGGUCAAGCGGAAGCGCCAGUGUAUAUGUGUCAAAUUUUCUUUCAGAGUAAGAAGUGGGAUGCAUACCCGUGCCUCAAAAUGUGGAAGACCAAAUCAAUCAGGAAGAUGCUUCCGCCUCAAUAUUCGAUCUCUGGUCAAAGUCCGUCCCAGAUCAGCUGGUCCGACAGGACUACAGGGUUCUGCUGAGUCGGAAAACUACGCUUCUGCGCGUUGCCCCCUGCAACAAGUGUGCCAUGCGUGCCCAUAGUUUCUCCAUGAGCAUUCGUCCUUUUCCGCCUAAGUUGGGCCUGAUACUCGCCUUCGUCGACUCGUUAUGCUGCGCCUCAAUCGAACGAGUCCUCUCGAUUUUUAUUUCCUCCCUCCGUUGGAGUCAUUUGAAGCUAGAGACGCGACCGCGCUUAGAGUUGGAUCCAAGGAGUGGGACUGGCCAGAGCUGUGGUAUGAACGUGUGCACCCGUUGAGCCUGGAAGAUCGGAAAUUCGUUCUAUUACAGGGGAGAUACGGCUAAUUAAGUCGUAUUGCUUUCCUCC